CUCGUACGCGAGCACCUGGACAGCAUAGAUUGUUUCCUUUCCGACCUACAGCAUGACCGUGCUCACAUCUGCAAGCAGUAUUAUAGUGUUGCUCGAUGAGCAGCAACCCGAAUUGAGGGUUUAUGCCCUUCAACAAUUGAACUCUCUCGUCGAUGAAUUUUGGGCAGAAAUAGCCGAUUCAAUAGCCAAAAUUGAAGUUUUGUACGAAGACACUUCUUUUCCACAACGAGAAUUAGCCGCACUUGUCGCUUCCAAGGUGUACUAUCACUUGGGUGAAUUGAACGAUUCACUGACAUUUGCCCUGGGUGCCGGUCAAUACUUUGAUCUCUCUGAGAAAUCGGAAUACGUGGAAACUACCAUCUCCAAAUGCAUUGACAAAUAUAUCGCCCUUCGAGAAGAAGAAACCGAAGAAAUUGACCCUAGAUUACAAGCGGUGGUGGAACGCAUGUUCCAGCGUUGCGCCGACGACGAAGAAUACGAACAAGCCAUUGGUAUUGCAUUGGAAGCUCGUCGCUUGGACGUCGUCAAGGCCAUGGUCGAAAAAGGUCCCUUGAGCAAACUUUUAUCCUACGUCUUGGAAGUUAGCAUGACCCUCGUACAGAAUCUUCAAUUCCGCAACGAGAUGCUGCGGUUGUUGGUCAGCUUGUAUCAGAACCUCGACGAACCCGAUUACAUCUCCAUCAGUCAAUGUUUGGUUCAUUUGAAUGAUCCGGUUGGAUGCACCCAGAUGCUGCAACAUCUUGUUGGAAAGAACCAAGAGCUUAUGGCAUAUCAAAUUGCUUUUGACUUGGAAGAAUAUGCUACCCAGGACUUUUUAGCCAAGGUGGCAAAAGAAUUGCCUGAUAACAAUGAUACGAACACGGACGAUGAGAGCCCCAAAACGAAAACCCCUUUUCAAAAAAUUCGCUCCAUCUUAUCUGGUGAAGAAUCCAUUCGUCUGCACUUGGAAUUCUUAUACCGCAACAACCAUACCGAUUUGUUGAUUUUGAAGAAUACAAAGAACGCACUUGAAUCCAGAAACUCCAUAUAUCACUCGGCCGUGACCUUUGCCAAUGCGUUCAUGCACGCAGGCACCACCAGUGACGAAUUCUUGCGCCAAAACCUUGAUUGGUUGGCCAGAGCCACCAACUGGGCCAAAUUCAGUGCUACCGCUGCCCUUGGUGUUAUUCAUAAAGGACAACUAGCUCAAUCAAUGAAUUUGUUGGCUCCUUAUUUGCCUCCCGAAGGUGGCUUUUCCAACAGUGCUUACUCGGAGGGCGGUUCAUUGUACGCUCUUGGUCUGAUUAACGCAAAUCACGGUGCCGAAGUACUGGAGUAUUUGCAAUCGGCAUUAAAGGAGGCCCAAAGCGAAGUGAUUCAACACGGUGCCUGUCUUGGUCUUGGUGUUGCCGGCAUGGCAACUGAUAACGGAGAGAUCUACAAUGAUUUGAAGACCACCUUGUUCGGUGACAGCGCAGUGGCCGGUGAAGCCGCUGGCUUAGCCAUGGGUUUAGUCAUGUUGGGUACUGCAUCGCAAGAGGCGAUUGAGGAAAUGCUGCAAUAUGCCCACGAAACUCAGCACGAAAAGAUCAUUCGUGGUUUGGCCGUCGGUAUGUCACUCAUUAUGUAUGGCAAGGAAGAGCAAGCCGAUGGUUUGAUCGAUCAGUUGUUGGAUGACAAGGAUUUGAUCUUGCGUUAUGGUGGUAUUUACACCAUUGCCAUGGCUUACAGUGGUACAGGCAACAACAAGGCCAUCCGACGAUUGCUCCAUGUCGCUGUCAGUGAUGUGAGCGAUGAUGUGCGUCGAGCGGCCGUGACGGCCUUGGGUUUCAUUCUCCUGCGCAACCCCAAGCAAGUCCCUCGCAUUGUUCAAUUGCUUUCCGAGAGUUACAACCCUCACGUCCGCUAUGGUGCGACGCUCGCCCUGGGUAUUUCAUGCGCCGGAACCGGUGAUCUGGACGCAUUGGAAUUGUUGGAACCCAUGACCAAGGAUCCCGUUGACUUUGUGCGCCAGGGUGCUUUCAUCUCUCAAGCAAUGAUUCUCAUUCAGCAGACAGAGAACACCAACAGCAAGAUUGCGGGUGUCCGAAAGAUGUACGAGAAGAUCAUUAGCGACAAGCACGAAGACUCGAUGGCCAAAUUUGGUGCCGUGUUAGCACAGGGUAUCAUUGAUGCUGGUGGCCGCAAUAUGACCAUCUCUCUUGUGUCUCGAACUGGUCAUGCCAACAUGCCUGCCAUUGUGGGUAUGGCGGUGUUUACCCAGUUCUGGUACUGGCAUCCCCUUACACACAUGCUCAGUUUGUCCUUCACACCUACCGCCAUCAUUGGUAUCAACGGCAACUUGGAGGUGCCUAAAUUCGAUUUUAUCUCGAAUGCCAAGCCCUCUCUAUUCGCGUAUCCUCCUGCUUUGAAACCUCCAUCUGCUGCUGUGGUAGAAAAGGUGGCUACGGCUGUAUUAUCGACCACCGCAAAAGCUAAAGCGCGAGCGAAAAAGUCAGAAAAGGAAAAAGAUGAUCAUAUGGAUGUUGACAAGGAAGAGUCACCAAAGGAGGAGAAGAAGGAUGAAGUCAAGGAUGAACGAAAAGGAAAGAAGCGAAAAGAAGAAAACUUUGAAGUCUUAGAAAAUAUGGCUCGCGUUGUUCCCGCUCAAUUGAAGCACAUCACAUUCAAAGAAGAUUCCAGAUACGUGCCUAUCAAGAAGGGAAGCGUAGGCGGUAUCAUGCUGAUGCACGAUAGACGACCUGACGAAGAGGAAGAACUGAUCCGUCCCAGUGCACCAACAUUAGAUUCGUCCGGUGCUGGAGGUGCGGAAGAGGAAGCUCCACCAUUUGAACCAUUCGAGUAUCCCUUUGAAGACUAAUCUGUAAAAAAAAAAUGCCAUUUCUGAAGCAAGCAUAAUCAUUAUUUGGCCACUGAAUUGUUCUUGUUCGAUCUCUUUUCGUUUUUAUUUCAAUAUUGUCUCUUUUUUUUUCUUUUCUUCGUUUUUUUUACUGUGCGAAUUCGAAAAAAAAGGAAUGCAUGGAUUUCCUUCCUGUAACAGUUGUGGACUUUUGUAUUUCUGCGCGAAUGAAGGUUCCUUCAAUUGCAAAUUGCGGUUACACUCUGCUUCUGCAAG